AUGAAGCUGGAGGUGUUCGCCCCGCGCGCGGCCCCCGGGGACAACAAGCCCGGCAGUGACCUAGAGGGCGCGGGAGGCAGCGACGCGCCGUCCCCGCUGUCGUCGGCGGCCGGCGACGACUCUCUCGGCUCGGAUGGCGACUGCGCUGCCAACAGCCCGGCGGCGGGCGGCGAGAACCUGGCGGGAGGCAGCGAGCGCGAGGGCAGCGCGGGCGGCGAGCCGGACUCCGAGGACCAGAGCGCGGCGGCGGCCGGGACGGGGGGCUCCGAGGCCGGCGCCGCGGGGACCGGCGCGGGCGGCGCGGGCGGUGGCGAGGGCGCGCGCGGCAAGCCCUACACCAGGCGGCCCAAGCCCCCUUACUCGUACAUCGCGCUUAUCGCCAUGGCCAUCCGCGACUCUGCCGGCGGGCGCCUGACCCUGGCCGAGAUCAACGAGUACCUCAUGGGCAAGUUCCCUUUCUUCCGCGGCAGCUACACGGGCUGGCGCAACUCGGUGCGCCACAACCUGUCGCUCAACGACUGCUUCGUCAAGGUGCUGCGCGACCCCUCGCGGCCUUGGGGCAAGGACAACUACUGGAUGCUCAACCCCAACAGCGAGUACACCUUUGCCGACGGGGUCUUCCGCCGCCGGCGCAAGCGGCUCAGCCAGCGCGCCCCGGUGCCGGCGCCGUCCCUGCGGCCCGAGGAGGCCCCCGGCGCCCCGGCGUCGCCCCGCGUGCGCUCUCCCGCCCGCGCGGAGGGGCGCGCCAGCCCCGCGGCCAAGUUCUCCAGCUCUUUCGCCAUCGACAGCAUCCUAAGCAAGCCCUUCCGCAGCCGCCGCGACCGGGACGAGGCCGCGCUCCCCGGGGCGCCCCUGCCGUGGGGAGCCCCUGCCUCAGCCGCCGGCGCGCCCUGCCAGCCUCUGCCCGCCUACCCCGCGCUGCUGCCCGCCGCGCCCGCCGGGGCCCUGUUGCCGCUGUGCGCCUAUGGCGCGGCCGAACCCACGCUGCUGGGCGCUCGCGGGACCGAGCCGCCGCCGCCCGCGCCUCACCUCCUGCUCGCGCCCCUGUCCGCGCCGGCUCCCGCCAAACCGUUCCGAGGAGGCCCCGCGCCCGGCGCCGGUGGCGCGCACCCGUACUGCCCCCUGCGGCUGCCCGCGGCCCUACAGGCGGCCUCGGCCUGCGGGCCCGGCCCGCACCUGCCCUACCAGGUGGAAAGGCUCCUGGCCUGA